GGAUCUGAAAAGGACCUUUAAGAGGUGAAUGCAUGAUUCGUCAGAACAGAUGAUGAAGGCUACCUGCCGAGAUUUGCAUCCACCUCUUUUCUCAGCACAAAUGAGCGGUACCAGCCGCGAGGUGCAUGAAAUGCUCGGCAGCGAUGCAGAACUCUGCACAAGUGUGCAAGACGCCAACAGCAGAAACAGCUAACUUUGCUAUGUCAGAACCUUUUCGGAAAAAGUGUUUCCAUCUCGCAUUUAGCGCAUUUACUCUUUUUCGACAAAGGCAAAAACACCUCAAGUGAGAGUAAAAGCUUUUUUGCGAAAUUAAAUUUUUUUUAUUGAAUAUUGCCGUUUCCAUCAAACUUUCAAAUGCGAUACUUCAAAAUGUGCAUUAAAAAACAUUGAUGGAAACACAGAAACAACGGCUGAUUUCUGACUCACAGUAGUCAGAAAUCAGCCAUUCAUUAGAGUGAUGGCUUGUGGGAAGAAACUGUUCCUGAGUCUGUUGGUUUUGGCGUACAGGAUGAAUAGUUUAACAGCCCUCCCCAGCUCUCGUAAUGCUGCGCUCUUCCUGCUGAUGUGACUGACAGGGGGGCGGAUCAUCAUUGAUGAUGUAGAGCAUCUGAAGAGGCUGGCUCACACAGUAGUUAAGAUGGCUUCUCUGUUUUAUGAAUCACUGCAAAUGGCGGCAUACCUGUUUUGUGCACACAAAUCAAACAGGUUAAUUUGAUCUCUGUUAAACUAAGUGGUAGCAGGGUUGUACAUUACAUUACAUUAAUUCAUUUAGCUGACACUUUUAUCCAAAGCCACUUACAAUUGCUAUAUAUGUCAGACGUUGCACACCUCUGGAGCAACUAGGGGUUAAGUGUCUUGCUCAGGAACAUAUUGGUGGAUGCGUCACAGUAGGCAAUAAACCCGGGUCUCUCACACCGAAGGAAUGUAUGUGUCUAAUCCACUGCUCCAUCACCACCAAUUAAAACUUUUGAUUUGGGGACAUAAGGUCCAUACUCUGUAUUACACGUGAAACAUUUUUAAUCAAAGGUUAUUAUAUCUCUCUAAAAUGACCACUUAUGUAGUGAAAAACAUUGUCAAACUUGGGGUCUAAAAUUAACCUUUUUCACUGCGUGCCACUGUGGCAGGCUGUUCAUUUUAUGUCUACCACAAAUUGUAUGUACCAUAUAAUGUAUACGCUAAAUAAAACAAUAAUAUACAGCUCAUUUAGGCAUACUUUAAUGUAAAUAAUGCCUUUCAAUGUCCAGUAAUACAAAGAAAAUAUUACAAGCAUGUUUGCAUGCACAAAGGACCCCUGUCUUUUAGUACAAGAUCAUUCCACCUUACUUUACAAUAACAACCAGGUAUAGUAAAGGUACCAACAGAUAACAAGAAACACAAACCACACAAGAAUUUGAGGUUCACCACAAUAUAUUACAGAAAGUGCUAAAUGCAUAACCCACUGUUCAACCCCCACUGAAUGAGCCUUAUCUCAGUUCAAAUCUCUACAAUAUCUUCUCUAAAUCAAAAUUUCAGUGAUAUAAUUAAAAGAAGAAAAUGUUGAUCUGAUAUUGAGUUUGAUCUAAUUUAGUCUUACAGCAAUUAUGCAAGUAUUGAAGCCACACUUUACUAACAAAGCUACAGGAUAACCAGAAAUUUUCGUUAUGUUUAGAGCUAACAAUGGCUGUUUAGAUAUAUAAAUCCUACAAGGAUUUAAUGUUAAUUUAUGUUCUAGACAUCCAAAAUGUCAAACACAGUGCAGGUUCAUACAGAGAAAUAGUUUGUAGUAAAGCAGCUGUCAUCCUGAUAAAUCCUGAACUCCAUCAGAGUUGUCUAAAGAAGUUAUGUCAGGGGCUAAAAGUUCUGUUUCCUCUAGAGAGUUUCCUCAGUCUUUCCUGUUUAUAACUAAAGUUUUUAGUUUUGCUGCUUAAAUGUCCCAUGAUAUUUGCUGUGACAUCAUUAAACACGUAAAAAAACAAACAAAAAAAACACUCAUCAACACUCAUCAAUACAACACACAAUAAUAAUGGAUGAUAGAAAUGUGACCCCCAACCCCUUCAUUAUACUUUAUAAUGCAGUGCAGUGAGGACACAGACAUUUCAACAGAACUGUAGAGUAGCAGAGUAGGCUUUAUGAUCAAAGAAAGUUUUUAUAUCACGUCAACACUUCUGUCUAUAUUCACGGUCCUUCUCUCUAGCUCUUCCACAUGAGCUCCUUAUCUUUCAUUCUAUCUCUCUCUCUCUAAUAGGGAAAAAAUCUGGGUAUGUGUUAAAUCAGCAACAAUUUGAAAUACUAAACAGAAGAACAGUGAAGAACAUCAACUAGACAUAAAUUUACUAUGUAAAUAAACAAAAAUAAAUUUAAAAAACAGUUCUCUUAAGACCAGCCUAAGUAAGCAAAAAUAAAUAAAACAAUAAAAUCUUCUCUGAAGACCACUCACAAAAUAAACAAUAGUUGAUAAAUUCAGUUAACCACACAUUUUUGUGGAAAUGCAUCAAUUAAGUUUGAAGUACUUUAUCAGGAACACCAUCAUGUCCACAUUCUCAGGUGAGCGGCUUGCUCUCCGUGAAAAUGUCCCCUGUAGAAGAGAAAACCCUCACAGUGGGGGCAGAUGUUGCUGGACUCCAACUUAGCUAAAUGGGAACUGCACCUCCUCUUCCACCACUCAAGUUCAGCAAUUUCAGACACAAAGUUAAUUUUUGAUAAAAUGACCCGCUACCCUGUACGCAGGAUAAGCGGUUGACGAUGGAUGGAUGGAUGGAUGGAUGGAAGUUAAAAUGACCACCUGAGCCACCUAAAGAAGUUAGCUCUAGAUCUGUGUAAUAUUAAUAUAUAAUAAUUGCACAGUCUGUAGUAUGAUACAUGAUAAAUACACAGUAUUUACCCAAACACCUAUCGAAAUAGGUGUGUCUUUCAGGCUGACCUCCUCAUGAGAUUGAUUUCUGCAUUUGACAAGGGCAACCCAAAACACACAUAGGCUCUGGCCCAUGUGAGGCAAAACCAUCUCAUUUGGAGAGGGAGCAUAUGUUCAGCCUGGCUUUCAUCUACUCUGAAGGACACACUUCAUAGGCCCUGGCCUUUGAUACAGCCUAUGAAUCUUUCCUCUCAAAUACAGAUUUGCUGCCUAAAGUCCAGGCUCAAAAAAAAAAUCCCUCAUAGAAAGACAUGUGUGUUCAAAAGAAAAGUGAAAAGUAAACAAUUUUGACAUUGGCUAUGUAGGAUGAAAAAGAGGUGCUAUGUACAAAGACCAGUACGAGACCAGUGUGACAGGAAGUGCACUUUACAUACUCUGUGAUAACCAAUGAGAUGCAUUGGAUGGUCUGAUGUAUCACGGCCAUCUCACCUCCUUCACUCAGUGAAAUACCAACAAGUUUCUUAACUAGAGACAAUGGCAAGAUGAUCCUGUUAUGGGUUACACUGCUUGUUCUUCAUCAAGGAUGUAAGUGUUAUUUAUUUAUUUUUAUAAUUUAGCUUCAUAACUUUUCCACAUCAUACACUAACUAUUUUAUAUAUUGUAUGUUUUCAUUUCAUUCAGAUGCCUUAGUUCCAGUGACCACUGUUCAACUCGGUGACUCUGCGACCUUCACGUGUGUUUUGCCUAAUGAAGAGCUGAGCAGUAGAAAGCUCCACUGGUACAAGCAGCGUGCCGGGGAUACUCUGAAAUUAAUUAUGACACUGUGGAAAUCUGCAAAACCUGAGUAUGCACCAGAGUUUUCUGAAUUAAGAUUAAAGGUAAAUACUGCUAAGAAUAUUAGCAACCUGACCAUUUUGAGGACAAUUCAAGAGGAUGAGGGAAUGUAUCACUGUGCAAUAACAGCAUGGAUUAAUCCCGAAUGGAGUGGGACAUAUCUGUUAGUAAAAGGAGACACUCAGAGGACAUCAAACUAUACUGUCAUUCAGGGGACAACAGUAUCUGAUCCAGACCGUCCAGGAGACUCGAUAACUGUUCAGUGUUCAGUCCUCUCUGACUCUGACAACAAGACGUGUCCAGGAGAUCACAGUGUGUACUGGUUCAGAGCCGGAUCAGAUAAAUCUCAUCCAGACAUCAUUUACACUGAUGGAAAUGGACGUGAUGAAUGUGACAAGAGAUCUGACUCUCAGAAAAGCUGUGUUUAUCGCUUCUCUAAGAACGUCAGCUCCUCUGAUGCUGGAACUUACUACUGUGCUGUGGCCACAUGUGGAGAGAUAUUUUUUGGAGAAGGAACUAAAGUGGACAUUCAUGGAGCCAUUUGGUCACAAAAGGCCAGUGCAAUUCUAAUCCUGCUGUGUGCUGUCUUGGCUAUAAGUCUGAUUGUUAUAGCCUUCCUCAUUUACGGCAUGAAAACAAGCAAGUUCGAUUGUUCCAAUGCUGCUGUUGUCCUGCAAAAAAACUGCUUCAGUCUGAAAAGUCAACAGAGAGAUGAGGACACAUGGAUUUAUUCUGCUGUCGUCUUCGGCAUGAUGAAAGCUGACUGUGCAAUAAAGGAUGCUAAAGCAGCGGAGAGAGAGAGGAUCUACGCUGCUGUCAAGGCUUUUGGGUUGGAUUAGUGAGUUAACAGGUCUGUUUGUCAUCAGUUAGUGCUCUAUGAUCCAGUUAAUGUUAGUCUGUAGUAGAAAUCUCUUCUGUUAACAUGGACAUUGUUGUCUUAUUACCCCUAAAGUUAUGGCAAAUUUAUGGUGAUGGACCGAAUAUCAGAGAGGUUUACAGAUUUUAAAUUAGAGAAUAAGAAUGUGGUAUACUGGAUUAUUAUUAUUUUGAUCCUAACAAUAAUUUGGAUCAGUAAUCAGUAUCAGCCAGUACCCUGUAACGAAACUGGUAUUGGGAGAGAGAAAGUCUGAUUAGAUGAUAUUUGAAAUUAAGUUUAUUGCAUCAUGAAUGACUUUUUUUUGGAGAAAGAGACUGUAUGGCCAUAAUAUUUAUGCAUGUUUCUCUGUAUUGUUUUUGUUGUGUGACCCCGCAAAAUAUUUGUUAACAAACAAAACUGUGUCAUAGCGUUGCUACUGCUGCCAUUGUGCAAAAACAAGUAUUGUUUUUUCUGGAGAUUUCCAAAGACUUGCCAGAAUUACAGAAUCCAUCUAUCCAUCCAACCAUUAUCUUCAACCGCUUAUCCGUAAUGGGGAUGGACUGGAUUUCAGAAUCUAAUACUUAAAUAAUUCGACAACAACAGCAUUUCUUUACUAAUUGCUGAAGAUACAGUUACUUCAUAUCCAUUUUCAGCACUAGAAGCAAAUGAUCAUCCACAAACAUGUUAACAACAUGUCCUUUUACGCUAAAAUAUAAAGCCUUCAGAAUGUGUGUACAUAUGGUGGAUAUGGUUACUUCUGUCAUAGCAGUGUGAUUUUUGUCAUUCUCUUAUUAAAGGAUACAG